UGGGGAGUUUCAAGCGAGAAAUGACCUUCACAUUUCAAUCAGAGGACUUGAAACGUGACUCCAGUAAGAAAAUGUCUCACCACAUGUUCCCACUGGCCAUGGAGGAAGACAUGAAAACAGUGGACACCAAAAAAGCCAACCGGAUCCUUGACCAAGAGAAAGAAAACACUCGAUCCAUUUGUCUCCUCGAGCAAAAGCGGAAAGUGGUUUCCUCUAAUAUCGAUGUCCCUCCAGCAAGGAAGUCGUCAGAGGAACUGGACAUGGACAAGGUGACUGCAGCAAUGGUGCUAACCAGCUUGUCAACCAGCCCUUUGGUCCGAAGCCCUCCUGUGCGACCUAACGAGGGCCUCAGCGGGUCCUGGAAGGAGGGCGCACCGUCCAGCAGCAGCAGCAGCGGCUAUUGGAGCUGGAGCGCUCCCAGUGACCAGUCCAACCCGUCCACACCUUCGCCACCACUGUCGGCCGACAGCUUCAAGCCCUUCCGAAGCCCCGCGCCGCCCGAUGACGGCAUCGACGAGGCGGAGGCCAGCAACCUGCUCUUCGAUGAGCCCAUUCCCAGGAAGAGAAAGAACUCCAUGAAGGUGAUGUUCAAAUGCCUUUGGAAAAACUGCGGCAAGGUACUGAACACGGCAGCCGGUAUCCAGAAGCACAUCCGGGCCAUCCACCUCGGGCGAGUUGGAGAAUCUGACUACAGUGAUGGAGAAGAGGACUUCUACUACACCGAGAUCAAGCUCAACACGGACUCGGUGGCUGAGGGCCUGAGCAGCAUGGCCCCAGUGUCGCCGUCACAGUCCCUGGCUUCCCCCCCUACGUUUCCUGUCCCAGACUCCAGCCGAACAGAAAGUCCUUGUGCCAAAACAGACACCAAGCUGAUGACGCCGCUGAGCCGCUCAGCCCCAACCAGCCUCUACCUCGUGCACACCGACCACGCUUACCAGGCCACACCCCCGGUGACCAUUCCGGGAUCCGCUAAGUUCACCCCCAACGGCAGCAGUUUCAGCAUCUCCUGGCAGUCCCCUCCCGUCACAUUCACCGGUAUUCCCGUGUCUCCAACACAUCACCACCCAGUGGGCUCAGGAGAGCAGAGACAGCACGCCCACACGGUCCUGUCCUCCCCGCCCAGAGGGACAGUCAGCCUAAGGAAGCCUAGAGGCGAAGGCAAGAAGUGCCGCAAGGUUUAUGGGAUGGAGAACCGGGACAUGUGGUGCACGGCCUGCCGCUGGAAGAAGGCCUGCCAGCGGUUCAUCGACUGAGCCAGGAAGCAGGCUCCGCCCAGCCAUUCCUGCCUCACCUGCCACUGCGGGUGCUGGGGAAAGCCUCUCCUUCCAAAGGAAGCCACUCAAGGCCCAGGGAAAGCCCUUCCUGGAGUUCCGGGAAUAUAAUUCCUUGGUGGAAUUAAAGCAAAAAAAAAAAAAUCAGCACCUGCACUGCUCUGAGAACCCGAGCGAGAGUAGCCAGAAUGACUUUUUCCUUCAGAAGAAAAGUCAACUUUGUACGCUCUCCAUCUGGUCUUAAAACUGGACUUCUGUAGCAACUUAACCUACCAGGCCCAUUUUACCUAGAAAGAUUUUGAUAAGCUUUCUGAAUUGUGGUAUUUUCAAGGGUUUUUGACACUUAAACAGUAUGCCCAUAAGCUAUACAGUACACCCAUAAGCUACACAAUAUUAGCUAGCAUUUGUACAAAGGAUAACCUACCUUGUGAAUAGGCGUUUCCCUGUUUUCCAUUCAAGUCCUUGGAGCAGUCCGAAUCAUGAUGUAUUUCAAGAAAGAGCUGCACUCUGGCUAUCUUUUCUAUAUCUGUUUUGUUUUCAAGAAGGACCCCAAGAGGAACCGUUGUAAAGAUGUUAGCUUGGAGGCCCCCAGUAGCAUAAGGCCAAAAGUGACGGGCAGUGGGAAUCACCAGUGGACUUCAGCUGCAAGCUGAGACCAGGAUGCCGGGAGGCGCGGCAGAGAGUGCCUGGGAGUCGUCUUUGGGGCCCAGGUGGUGGCACAGCUUCUUCUCUGUCUGCCACUUCUCAGCUGAGGACUGGCACCGGGAGCCAUCUGGUAAGGCUCGAUGCUUCUUUCAGGGAUGUCACACGAACUGCAGCUUUGUCUUGUCAAGACUGUGGCCAGGACCGUAGGUUGUCAUCCUGCUCUCCAAACCCCACCCAGGUAGAAGUCUCCAGAUGGGCCCCACAGCUUUGCUUCAAGCAGAGAACGGCUGACAUGCCCCCAUCUGGAGAAAAUCCCACUAGGGCAACAAGCAAACUUCCACUCUGAGUGCACUUUUACAGAUUUCAUGCUUUACAUGUCUAAAGAUGAGUUGGUGACAUAGUGACAUUCAUGGAUAGUGGAGAUCUAAACCUUUUCAUUUCUUAUAAAAAAUACUGGAGCGAUGAAUUAUGAAUUCACUCAGAAAGUAACCUUUGGGAUGCCUAAAGGAAAAUGCAUCUUGGUAUAGGACUCUCUCCAUUCAGUAGGGCCAGGGCUUGCACUGGGUUCCAGCUAUUGGAAUGUCUAAAUUGGUGGACUUGCCUGGCUGGGGGGUGGAGCGUGGAGAGCGGCCACCAAGCCUCGUCUUUGUUGGAACGCUUGUUCUGUCUGCCCUCCUUAAAGAGCUGGCUGUCCUGUACCUAUGCAAAGUAAGAGCACCUUAUAGGAGGCACUGGGUAGGGAUGGGAACGUGGUGUCAGCCAUACGAAUGUUAAGUGAAAUUGCACAGAGGAAAGCUUAAUAUAUCUUUAAAGAUUGUACAUAGUGCUUUUUUACGGAGUAGAGAGAAGUCAUCUAGUACCAGAGACACCUCUUAUUUUCUGUGAGGGGAUAUAUGGAGGCUCUGCAGUGCCACACCCUUAAUCUGUACAACCAUGUAUUUUGGCAAUUUUAUUUUUUGAAUUCAUGUGACUUUUAAAAAGAUUAUUCUUGAAAGAGGUCCUGAUCUUUUCCUUCAGAUAUUUAAAAGAAAAAAACCCACUUAUUUCAAGAGAAAAGAAAAUGCGCUUUAUCCGAUUCCCCAUAGGUUAAUAGUCAACAUCAGCCACACCGGCUCGCCUAGAUGUUUUGACCUGCAACCAGGAAACAGCAUUUUUUUUAAAUGCAGAGCUAAGUUUCUUCCCUCUGGGCAUGUCCUCUGUCAUAUCUCCUGUAGCUUCACUGCUGUGAAAUGAUGUCCUAGCUGGUCCAAGAGGCCUCGUGCCACACGGAGAUUGUCAUGGUCAGCUGUUGGAUCACAGUCACCAUGGGCUUAAAUAAGAGAUGAAUCUUAGGCUACAGGUUUUCCUCCUCCGCAAAGUUCCCUGGAGUUUUGUUUUGUUUUGAUUUUUAAUCUCAGAUGAACACUUUAAUCAAAAUACUACAGUGAUGUGAAGUUAAACUCAUCUUCUCUUGAAGAACUUUGGGAUGAAAGAUGCUCUCUGCAUGAGAGCAUUCCUUAAGCAAGACACUGUGGCUGUCUCCCCCAGAGACACAGCCCAAGGGUAGUUCUGCUUAACUGUGCACAUUGUCAGCAAAAUCACGAGACCGAAUGCACCUGACCUGGAUCCCUGAUUUUUCCCUAAAGCCUUCAUCAUACCAGCUCUUCUGCAUCUCCAGCCCAAGCACUGUGUCUUCUCGUCCAGCUUCCAGGUGCAGACAAAUCCUGAGUCCAGUUCUGGACACAUAUGCCCAUUCAUUCCCCUUGUGGAAGGGCGAAAUCUCCAGGGGACCAGAAAGCUCUGAGUUGCAGGUUGUAGGCGUUCCGUUUUGUUAUGAGUUCCGGUUUUUAAGUAGUUACCUUGUUAUCUGGGGAACCAAAUGAAGUGCCAAAUGAAGCCUGACUUUUCAUUUGAUGCCAUCGCCAUGAAACUAAGUUCUUUUUGUGUCUGCAUUUUGUGGAGAAGCAAAGAAAGAAAGGAUGAGAAGACUCUCAGGCGAGCUGGCCGCUGGCCUGAAGCUGUAUGCAUCCCCGGGGUAACGGCCCUGUCCGCAAAAGGCGUGGUUAGGCAAUGAACCCUUUUCCAGUGGAAAUGUCUGAUUCUUUUUCUUCCUUGAUGGCCCUUCCUCCAAAAAACAGUUUCUCAUUUUUCCCAGAGAAGGCAUUUCACAGUGACCGACAAGACAUUCUCUCGCCAGCUACAAAGCAAAAGCGAUGUGUGCAACAGGCAAUAGUUUCCAGCCUUAGCCUUCCCAGAGGCUAUUAGUGGACAUUAGUUUGCAGAAGUCCGUGAGAUGACGUGGAGCAAGUCCAUCACGGAGGCAGUACAGGAGGCCUGAGCACACCUGCCUCCUGCUCAUCUUCUUGGGGCUGGUCAGCCAGGGCUCCUCCUUGUCUGUUGCAGCUGUCUGGAACAAGUCAGGAGCUGCUUUGUCCAGGGCCUGUCAUACAGGCCUACCUUUCUGCCACCUUAUGUCUAGGAAGUUCCUUUCUCUGUGGAGUGGCAAAAGCCAGCGUCAGGAAGAAAGCAAUGGGUUUCCAAACCAGAAUAGACUUUAUGGUGCCUGUUGGCAGCUCCGUGCUGAAGAGGUUCCCUUAUGAGAUGAUCCCCUGCCUCCAGUGACUAAGCUGCACAUGAACAUUAUCAGUAGAGAACAGCACUGAUGACAGACGGCCCUUGGGCUUCCCAACCAUCUCUUCAGAGAUGGUCACGUGUAUGUUGCAACAAAUUUCCGAAACCGAAUCGUUCCCCGUUGCUCUUCAAGAUGACGUGAGUUGCCCUCUCUGGCCCUGGUUUAUCACACUUGCACCAGAAGCCCCGGGCUCCAGGUGAGCCGGCCCUGUGGGAGGCCAUUUCAUCCCUCACGGCAACUGCACUGCAAGACGCGGGUGUCACGCCCUGGAGAAGGUUCCGAGAGAAGAGGGGAGAGCUGUCCACACAGGAGAAUGUGUUGAGCAGAAUGGCAGAACACUGUAAAUAUUACUCAUUUCCUCAGGGAAACAGGAAGGAGGUGCAAAGACAGAUCUGGAGAACCCCAAGACUAGGAGGAAUUGUACUGUCUCAAGUCAUUUCUUGUCAGAACGAGUUUGGUGUUUGUUUUUUUUUCCAUGUAGACUCACUAGCAUCAUUUCAAGACAAAUCCGUGUCAACGGGACAGUGUCAACUUCCGUGAGGCGUGGCAGGUGCACCCGCUGCAUAACUGUCUUUCCGUCGCUGGCCUCAAGCUGACUGAUGUUCGAGCCACAGGCGCAGCGCCUGCUGGGUAUGUGUAGAUGCGGUGAGGCUUUCUGUGAAUGUAAUUGUGAACAAGAAGCCUUGCUGUUGCUUGUUGUAAUCCCCCGGUUUGGGCAACUGUUCAUUAGCUGUACACAGCGUUCUCUAAGUGAAAGAAAGCUGUUCGAGACGUGUGCUUUGCCUUGUGGCAUGUUUAGGAGCACACUGCCGUGGACUUUAGGGACCAGGUGCUGCUUUUUGUCACAUCCUGUAGGGUUUCCACCCUCCACCUCGGCUGUAGCGUUGACCUGUGUGAACACAUACAGAGGAGUGGUACCCAGGGGACCCGUCAAUCUAACAGACAUGAUUGGGAGUGUGGGUCAUUUUGGAGGCAUGCUGGGCAUACAAGUCAACUGGAAGGAUUAUUUCUGUAAGAAACCUACCAGCUGCACACAGGCUCCCCUGUUCCUCCUACCUGUGGGGAUUUCUCCAUGUUGCAAUCAUUUCAUCCUGUCUUUUCUGCGUUGUAGAAAUUUAGCCAAAUGGGAAGUUAGUAAAAUAGAAUAAGGUUAGCACUUUUAGGUACCAGUUGUCCCAAGUAACGCACACCAACAGAGCAAGGAGGUAUGAAAUGCACUCAAGACUGACUUGCUUCUGAUGACUGACUUGGAAAGGUCCAUUUCCAAUGACAUACAUACUUUAAAGAGUGUACCUAUCACAGGACCAGGAAUCAGAAUGGAAUUUUAUCUCCUGUCCUGUUUUGUAAAUAGCUCCUUUUUUUCUGAAGACAAUCUCAUGUUUUAUAACUUUUGUUGUGUGGGUCUGGGAAUCACAAUUGUAAUGUGUUAUAGUAAAUAUAAUCUUAAAUACAAUAAUAAUUACAACUUAAAUUUCCAAAUGAAAAAAAAUCUACCGCUUAGGUGUCUACAAGAGACAUGACACUUUUAUAAUAAGCAUUAGUACUUCUCAAGUUUACCAGAACUGGAAAUAUUUUACAAGAUACAGUGUUUUAUAAUCACAGAGAACAUGAACUCUUUGUGGGAAAUGACCUUGGUUUUAUACAUUGUAGCUUAUUUUUUAAAAUGCAGUAUUUUAACCGACAGGAAGUGUUGAUAUGGUACACAGUUCCUGUUCACCAAUCCAAGGGCUAUGCCUCUUUUAAGCACGUGUUUUGAUGUGUAUCUUUUCGAUUAACCCUCUGAGCAAGGGUAGAAAUGCAGAACAGAUAGAAAGGUUAUUUGCAAGAGAAUCUAUGUAGCAGCAAUUUCUCCCUUAUCAUGACCAGUGUGUUUUCAAAGCAUCUGGAGGUGGGGCGGGGUCAUGUGAAGAUUUACUUUCUAUAUUUUAAACAUAAGAAAAGUUGUUAGCAACUUCCAGGCCAUGGAGGAAAUAUUCCUUUAGUGAAAUGAAUUCUCUUACAAGUUUUCCUGUUAGUCUAUCGGAACUACAUGCCUGCAUUUAAUGAACAAAUAUCAUUUGGUUGGGAAUGGCUAAAAAUCAUAGGAUGUACACCCAAAGAACUUUCAGACAGUCAGCAGUGUUGGGGAUAAUUUUAUUCUCACCACCAGCUGAAUAAUUUCCUUGUCAGAACAACGGCUUUGUUUGACUUUUGUCUGUCUGUCUUUCACUAUGAGACACUCACAGGCACACAAGGUUGUGAGCAGAAAGUGACAGUAUUCCCACGGGACAGGAGAAACAAACAGGGAGCUACACAAACAGCCGUGAGCUUCGCCAAGGCUAUGUGAAGCUGUCCCGCAUGCUCAAGCCCGCUGUCUGUCAGAGGCAGCGUCUUUCCCGCCCAAGUGUUCAGUGAUUCAUAAAGCUAGUCCAGUUUCGCUAAGGAUGCGGACAGUAUCAAAAGAGGAGCUGCUAGCGGACAGCUGUUGGGUAGCGCAGCAAGUGGUUGAAUCUGUUCAGUGCGAGUUAUAAAGGCAUGGAGGGAGGGACCCCUUGUGCAGGCUCGGCGCCCAGUCUGUCCGUGCCACCCCCUUGGACUAGCGCCACGGUAGCACUUGCAUGCCCACCUGGGGUCACUGCCAUGUGGUUUGAACUGUGGUCAUCUUGUUCUACCUGUGAACGGAAGCUUCUUUACAGAGGCUGCCAAUUUGGAUACUUUAGGAUGGCCGGCGAGUCCUGUAGAUGAUCAGCACAGACCAGGACAAAGAAAGACACCAGGGAGCAGUGGAACUGGUGUUGGACUAGGCAGCUGACGUCUUCUGAGAUGGAAGACCCACACUGAGCCCCACUCAGCUUCUGACAAUCAGAACCCACAGACAUCAGGCCAGGUUGCUAGGUCCCAAUUGGAGACAUGGCGUCACCUGACAAUGAAGUGUUGAGAACCAACAUACGUUCUUGGCCAGUACUGCAGACCAAAGAAAAGCCGGUGGGCGCAGAGGUAUCCUGUGGCCAGAGUUCCAGCCAUGGAAGUCAAGCCCACACUUCUAGGCUGCAUGAGCACCAUAGAUGCACAUGUGGGCACAAUCUGAACAGUAGACAUUUCAAACGGGGGAGAAGCUACUUCUCCCUAGAGAUUAUUCUCAUGGAAGACAAAACAGAAAUGUCCUAUCCUUAGAUUAGCCUUGCCCCUAAUCAGAACAUACCGAGGGGUUACCCAGCUCUGGCAAGAGCUGCCUCUUGGCAUACCCAGGCCAUCCCCCAAAGUGCUGAGUAGCUGUAAUCCUGACUCUUACUGUGUCUGCUGCCGUGACCACUGUGAUGAAGGGCUGACAAAACAGAGCAAAACAAAAAGCAGUCUUGUGCCUUUGCAGAAGGCAGCCAGGUGCCCCUGAGGUUUCCAGGUGACACACGGCGCCUCUUGUGCCAAAGCCCUCUGCCCUCUCUCCAUGCUCCCCAGGUCAUCCUUCUCCUCGCUCCACUGUAACAAUUAAAAAUAAAAAUAAAUAUCUCACCUCUGACCUGGCAAGGUCCUCGCUUCAGAACUAAUAGACACUUAGGUGUUUGGGGGUUUCCAUUCACCUUAAAGGAAGUUUUUCCACAUAGACAACCAUAGCAUCUUUGUCUGAGGGCAAAAUCAAAGCGAGAAUAACUAUGUUAUGGGGGCGGGGGGGAGGUGAACAGAUUAAACUAUUUCACCAUUCUGAGUGACGACAUUAUUUUAAAGUCUACCUUAUUUUGAAGUCCUGAUGUUACAGGGACAGUUCUUAUAUGAUAACGUGUGUCUCAUUCAGACGUUAUUUCCUUUGCUCUUCAUAAGAACCUAGUGUAGAGAACAAAGGUCACUCUCCCACAUUCCGAGGCCAGCCAGAGUAGUCUUGAACCCGUGAGUCAGCACCAUUAUUGCCUGCAAAGAGGGAGGAAGGGGCUGGCUUGGCUGUCUUCCACAGUGACUCAAGAGCCCCGCCAUGUUCUCCAUCCAGAAGUAAAGAACACACUCAUUUCUAAGGGCAAAUUUAAUCAUCCCAAAUGUGUCCCCUUACUACAUCUACCAUGCUGAUCCCCAAGUUCCAUCCAGCUAAAUGGUAAAGUGUAGGAAUUUAUUAGCUAAAGCAAUAUUCUAAAUAAAAAUUUUGACUCCUUGGGGGGAAAGAAUUUGCUGCUGGUGUCUAGGUUUUCGGGCUCUGUAAGUUUAAAUGUGAAGGCAGCUAAACGAUGCUGACAAAGGUUGAGAUUGUGUCCAUUGGGAAUGAUUAAAAGGCUGUCCAGUAUAUGAGUGCAUUCAUCCAAGGCUUUCGGUGUGCCGGGCUGAGCAUCCUGAGUUCAGAGUAAAGCUCAUAAGGAAUCAUGUCAUAGGACUAGAAGGAAGCCCCGAGAACUCUAUUGGCCUGUAACCUCAUUCAUUAGCAGGUUUUUAAAAAUUAUUAUUAUUAACAAUGUUAUUGUGUUUUAAGUAAUUUGGUGCUGGGAGGCAGCGUGGUUUGGCCCUUUUCUACCCUGACAGAGAGGCAGCCCUUGCAUAGCUCUGGCUGGUGCUCCAUGGGCAGUACGUAGAAAGAGCCCAGUGCUAGCCAACAAGUUCAAAGCGAGUAACUAGAAUUUGAUGUCAGCUUCAGAAUUAAAUCGUUUUUUGAAUGUUCGUUCUCCAUGGGCAUUAUCAUAGAAUUGUGAGCCUUUGAAGAGAGCACCCCCUUUAUGCUACAAGACCACUAGAAAUCGAUCCUUGAGGCUGAUGACUAUACUUGCUUAUGAGGAUCAAUUCCCCCCCCCCAAAAUUUUAAUUCAGAAAAUUAGCCAAAGUAGAACAUGGCGACCCCUGAAAACAAUAAGAGAGCUAUCAUCAAGGAAGGAAACAGUUGCAGAUAAAAGAGGACCUCCUGUUUUCUGCUGUAUGUCCCUCUGUCCCUAUCUGAAGAGGGAAGCCAACACUUGAGAAGACAGAACUUGGCGAGUCGGACAGAAGAGUCCCCAUCUAAUUACUAUUUCCAUCUUGGCAGCAGUAUGUAGAUCGUCUGGUAGACUUCCGUUCCUUUUUUAAGGUCCUCAGCUCCCCAACCCAGAGGACAGAGGGUCGUCUCGGUUCAAUCCCACAGCCAGGGAUGAGGCGUUCCUGUUCAUUGGCUGCUUAUUGGAUGCUUUCUCUGAGGCCCGGGUCCCAGGGCCUGGAUGCUUACCUGUCUUGCUCAUCUUGCUCAGUGAGCGGCUACCCUCAUCCUGCAGGGCCAGUGCUCGGUCCCUGUCUGAGGAGGUGCGGUCUCCUGAUUGUGAGGAGAGGGUCUCCCUCAGCACCAUCCUGCUGCGCUGAGCACAGAAGAUGAGUUUCAGACUCACUGAGAGGGGUAGCUGCCACCCCCUUCCCUGUGCCUCGGGGCCCUCCUUCCAGCCAGCUGCCAGAGCUAAGUGCAAGCCGGACAAAGGGUGCUGGCCUCUGUGUCGGCGUGGAGGGCUGCAGCCAACCAGGAGGAUUCAUACUAAAUCCUCCCAGGCUCUGGCUUCUGCCAGAGCCUUGCAGAGUGCAAGAAUGGGAUUGGCCUUCCCCGUGUGAUGAAGGAGUGCCCUCGGUGUGUAAUUGGUCCUGUUUGGUAUAGCCGGAAAGCAAAAACCACUUCAGUCUGUACACCUUGGUAAACAGUCAUUCCUCACCCCAGGGUAGCCCCAUCCCUUAUUCCGGGCAUGGGUAACAAGACAGACAGGAAAAGGGGCACCCUAAGGGCUUGUGGUGUGCUUGGGCUUGAGUUAUCCUUUGGGGAUCCAUCCCCAAAUGGGGAAGGAAUGCCUAACGUGACAGAUUACAGUCUGAGGGAUUUUUUUAGGCCCUUUCUUUGUAUUCUUAUUGGAAGUCAGUGGCUGUGACAUGACAUGAUCGAUCCCCAGUGUCCCAACUGGGGAAACAUCACUGGGAGAAAGCUUCAGGUGAAAUCUAGAUAUCUCAGAAGCACGUGGUACCUCCCAACGCAUACUGCUUCCAUGGCUUCCAUGACUUCCAUAACUAAAAAUACCCCGGGUAUAAAAAUGAGUUAGGCCUGUGGAUCAUAUAGUAUAAAAGUACGAUUACUCCGUAUUUUCCUACAGUGCACCCUAAAAUUCCUAUUUUUGUAAUUAAUGGUUAGACUGUGGCCAGCCACUUAAACACUCUAUGGAUCAACUACUCUACCCUAGUAUAGUUUCCAAAAUACUUCAUAGCAAAGCCCUAUGUGCAUGGAGGAACUCAGGGUAAGACAAUACUAGCUGGGUCCCAAAGGGUUCAAGAUUAUCAUCAAAAGCAAAUGCCAGGUGGCCUGCGGCCAUGGCUGACAAACGAGGGGACUGAGAGAGAGGAAUAUUAGCUGCAGGUCCUCUGUUGCCCUUAGUGGUGGGGCUUACGCAGACUCUGCUGUUAAAGGUAAGCCAUCUUUUAAAUUGUUUUCGACACCAAAUCUAAAAUGUCAACAAUAGAAAAAGUUACCGAAUAUUUAAAAUGGGGUAGUCAGUGGAAGUGCUGUCUGUAGGAAGCAUGGUGUCUGAGAAAAACCAACAGAAGCCAAACCGAAGCCCAGGGAGUGGUCCUCUGGGGGCCCGGCGUUAGGAGGCAGCUGCGAGCACACACAGGCACUGAUUGAAGGUGCUGCGGCCAUGCCGUCCGGCAUCUGUAGAGGUCUUUUGAGGGACAAUCUUGCCAUCAUUUCAGGGGUAAGUACUUCCUUACAAAGUCUUUAAUAAUGAAUGAAUGUAUAAAAUUAUAAACUAUGCAUUUUCAAAGAGAAACAUGUAUUUUAUAGCAAAUCCAAGUACUUUUUUUUCAUAGAGACUUAUUACAACUACAGAUUAUUCAAAAUAAAUGAGAAUACAAAUCCUCAUAAGGGUGUGGGGUGCCUUUGUUUUUCUGUCCAAUGGUUUCAAGACAGUGCAUCCAGACUUUCACCUGAAACUCUGGGCUCAAAAAACAACAACAAAAAACAAAACAAAAAAAAAGCUAGCCAGUACAGUGGAUGAGGAUACACCUUCUGCCUGAGAGGGGACCACUCAGAAAUGGUGCCCAGUUCUUAGAGACAGAUGCUUUAGUCACACUGGAUCAAUAGGUUAAUAGGGCCAGGGAUGUGGCUCAGAGUUAGAGCACUGGCCUGGCAUGUGUUCAGUCCCCAGCACUGGGAAAUAAUCUCAAGAAGCAGGCAGACAAAACUGUAGGAAGUUAACAUUGCCUUGGCUAAAGGUGGCUCGGGUCUGUUGUGGUUAAUUCUCCAACCAGGGGGUGAGGAGCGUUCUUUAAAGAGUUUAGGUUAGAGUUGCAAAGAACAAAAUAUAAAAAUAUUAUCUGACAAGGCAAAUAGUCAUUUUUUUUUCAAAAUUACAUGGAGAUGGUGGUUUAUAUUUUGAAAAAUUUGUAUAGAAUAUACCUGGGUUUCUUCAGCCUCCUGCUGAUAGGCGCGUUCACCAAACCUUCCCACUAAUGAUUGGUCUUGCCCCCUCCAGUGCUAACUCCAUCCCUCAGCAUCCUUCCCUCCUCCAUCCCUCAGCAUCCUUCCCUCCAGCUGGCAGUGAGGAAAUGCACUCCAUUUCUCUGCUGUUCCGGAUCUCCUCUGUGUCUGUUGAGGUUUCUUGGCUGUUUGUAAAAUACGGGAAAACCCGCUUCUAAACCCUGUACUUAAGGCCAUUCUGGACAUGUCUGCUACCUAAUUAGAAGUUAGUGGGGGAGGGGCGAUGUGUCUUUUUAUAUGAUUUUUAGCCAAAUCCAGAUGUUCUGAUACUCCAUUUCUGAUACUUUUCUGACUGUAAAUACCACCUGCAGAGGUUCAGGUGGAGAAACCUUUUCUGAGACUGUUCCUCAGCCAUGCUCCUUACCAGCUUUUGGCACACUGUACAUAGAUUUGUCAAAUGUUCCAAUGAUGUUGUUUUUCUAAAUACUGUUCUCUAACACAUUUUUUUAUUUUUUUUCUUUGUUGUUCUGGACUUUGUGUUAGUUUUACAAAAUGUUUCCUAAGAUUUAACACCAGGAAAAAAAUAUUUUAAAAUAAACUGGUGCUAAUUGGAAAAGAAGAAAAUUUUCAGCUUCAAGAUUUACAAAAUAAAAUGUUCACACCAGUUAAACUGCACUUUCCCAAGGGGAUGGCUGCUGUCCACUUACAAUGGGCAUCAAGAGGAUCAGCAGAUGUUUACAGUAUCCAUGGCCCAUUUACGUGUAACACAGCAAGGAUCCCGGCCCCCCAGAGAGGAGGAUUUGCUGGGCAGUCCUCAAAGCAUGUAGUAGAAGGGAAGGAGUAGUCUAAGAACCCUUUAGAAAUAGUCUUCUGGUCUUUGGACUUUCAUGUUCUGUAAUGCUUAGCUGUAACAAUGAAUAUGGUGUUGCCAAUCUCGUCUGACGUUAUCGUCAACCUGUACUGACUCUGUGUAUGGUUCUUCCCUUGGCUCGCACUGGCACAAACCAAGCCAGAAUACAGGUCUUUUGGGAAGACCCUUCUGAUUUCUAUGGUGUCCACACACAUGAAUUUAGAUGCACUUGUAACUGGUUAAUGACCAUGAAGUCAGUCUAACUUCCACUGAAUAAAAAUUUUUGUGUAUCUGCUUCUA